AGCCACCGUACCUCAGCAGCGGUCUGUGUGUUUCUGUGCUGCGGAAAUGAAAAUAUUCCCCUGAAAUUCAUCACCAACAACCAGGAUAUUUAACUAAGAGCAGUGUUAAACUGCUGAAAGAGGUGAAGCAGAAGCCGUCCUGAAGAAUCUCCAGAACACACAGAAAUUGUUGCAUUUAACAGACAAAUGAAGCCAAGUCCCGACAUGGAGAAACAUCAGCACUCUGUCAAGAGUUUUACUAAACAGAGUGAUCUCAAAAAACACCGGCGCAUUCACACAGGAGAGAAACCGCAUCACUGCUCAGACUGUGGGAAGAGUUUUACUAAACAGAGUGAUCUCAAAAAACACCAGCGCAUUCACACAGGAGAGAAACCGUAUCACUGCUCAGACUGUGGGAAGAGUUUUACUGAACAGAGUACUCUCAAAAAACACCAGCGCAUUCACACAGGAGAGAAACCGUAUCACUGCUCAGACUGUGGGAAGAGAUUUACUACAAAGAGUCAUCUCAAAAUACACCAGCGCAUUCACACAGGAGAGAAACCGUAUCACUGCUCAGACUGUGGGAAGAGAUUUACUCAACAGAGAGAUCUCAAAAUACACCAGCGCAUUCACUCAGGAGAGAAACCGUAUCACUGCUCAGACUGUGGCACAAGUUUUAAUCAACUGGGGACUCUCAAACUGCAUCAGCGCAUUCACACAGGAGAGAAACCGUAUUACUGCUCAGGCUGUGGGAAGUGUUUUACUCAACAGAGUACUCUCAUAAAACACCAGCGCAUUCACACAGGAGAGAAACCGUAUCACUGUUUAUACUGUGGGAAGAGUUUUAAUCAACAGAGUCAUUUCAAAAUACACCAGCGCAUUCACACAGGUGAGAAACCGUAUCACUGCUCAGACUGUGGGAAGAGUUUUACUAAAAAGGGUACUCUCAAUAAUCACCAGCGCAUUCACACAGGAGUGAGACCAUAUUACUGCUCAGAAUGUGGGAACAGUUUUACUCAGCAGAGUCAUCUCAAUAAACACCAGCGCAUUCACACAGGACAGAAAACUAUCCCAAAUUUGUCUCACGGCAAUUAAAAUCUUUUGGACAGAACACCUUAAUCCUACAUGUUCCACCAGAAACAAACAUGAACUGAAUUUAAUAAUGGAUUUUACAGGUUCAGCAAAAUGAAUCUUAUCCAGCAAUCAUGUUUAUUGAAUUCCAUGUUGUGUUUUCUCGUAUGUUUGAUAUUUCAGGACAUUCUUUGUGAGACAGAGCUCAGUUUUUAGAUUAGAUUAGAUAAUACUUUAUUGUCAGAUCCAUGAUCUGAAAUUUGUUUUGCAUAAAAACAGUAGCUCCGUUACAACAUCAUACAUUAACAACACAACAUAUAAGGGCACAAACAACCAUUAUAAAAGGGGAAAAAAAAAGAAAAGGGUAGUUUCGGUAGUUACGGUAAGAGUUCAGUUCUGGAGAAGGGAAGGUCAUUCGAAUGAGGGCACUGUCAAGUAUUCAAGGAGAUUUUAUUGUCAUUCGCAUCACAUGUGAAUCAGAAACACUCAUCCUCAGCGGCAGCAGAUCAAGCUUGUUAUCCAAAGAGCGGAAGUUGGGUCCGAACUGACGUAAAAACAGCUCAAAAUAGGGUGUUAGCUAGGAGCGUGAGAAGCCGCUGCACUACUGUGCGUCGCCAUCUUGCAUCUUACAUUCAGUGCUUGCACCAGAUGUUAGAUUAGCAUAACUUAGCCUUUAAAAUGUAGAUGUCGUAGUUUUAAGGAGUAAAGUAGGAUUCUUAGCUUGCAACUAAAUGUUUAGGACCAAACCUAUAACCUAAGGUCCAUCCAUAUGAAAGGAGAAGGGGAAAACACCACCAGAGCCACAGAGAGAGUAAGGUUGCAGGCUCAUUCACUCCCUCUGCUGGUGUUCUCAUUUGUCUAUGAUUCAGUCUCUCUGAUUAAAAAUGUGUUACUAUAGAGGGAUAUAGGUGAUUAUUUGGUUGCAUUGUAUUAGUCAAGUUUUAUACUCUCAUCAUUCCCUUAUUGAGUAUUAUAUGUUGCUGAAGGUUUUUUAUUCUUCAAAUUUACUAAGAACAUCUAAAUUAUUUAGUAUCUUAAUAGUUUUUAUCCAGUACCAACAAUUAUCUUUGUAUUGCUUCACCUCUAUAUUUACUCUUCUGUGUGUUUUAAUAAAAGGCUUUUAUAUUGCA